AAGAAGAAGAAGAAGAACCGAGUGAUGCCUCUUAGUGUCGCUCAGACGAUCUUUGCUCUGUUCGUCUUUUUGCUGUGAAGUUGUAGCCUUUGAUUCGAAGAUGUUGGCGAACAGAAUAAUCGGAUCUUGUGUUUUCGGACUGAGAAAUGUGUCUGGAAGAGGACGGCUGCUCUCUGCAGCUACUGCGAGAUUUAAGCACAAUAAGUCUGAGGAGUUCAGGCAGCCUGCAUCCUCACGCCGACCUGAGACCUCCAGCGCCAAAUCCCUGAUGGACAUCGGGACCCGCCGGAUCUUCAACGAGGACCAUGACCUCUUCAGACAAAAUGUGCGGCGCUUCUUCCAAGAGGAAGUGGUGCCAUACCACAAAGAGUGGGAGAAGGCAGGUCAGGUGAGCAGGGAGGUGUGGGAAAAGGCUGGUGAGCAAGGUCUGCUGGGAGUAAUGACACCAGAGGAGCAUGGUGGUAUAGGAGGAGACCUGUUUUCUGCAGCUGUCACAUGGGAGGAGCAAAUGUAUUGCAACUGCACAGGCCCAGGUUUUGCACUGCACUCUGACAUCGUCAUGCCCUACAUCGUCAACUACGGCAGCAAGGAACAGAUCAAACACUUCAUCCCAAAGAUGACCGCUGGGAAAUGUAUCGCUGCCAUCGCCAUGACUGAGCCAGGAGCAGGCAGUGACCUUCAGGGUGUGAGGACGUAUGCCAAGAAGGACGGCAGUGACUGGAUCCUCAACGGCAACAAGGUAUUUAUUACAAAUGGUUGGAUGGCCGACCUGGUGGUGGUAGUGACAGUGACCAACCGUGAGGCGAAGACGGCAGCACACGGGAUCAGUCUGUUCCUGGUGGAGGAGGGCAUGAAGGGCUUUCACAAAGGGCGGAAGCUGGAGAAGAUUGGCCUGAAAGCCCAGGACACAGCUGAGUUAUUCUUUGAGGAUGUGCGCCUCCCAGCUGAUGCCCUCUUAGGAGAACUCAACAAAGGUUUCUAUUACCUGAUGAAUGAACUCCCACAGGAGCGUCUGCUGAUUGCUGACAUGGCCAUAGCGAGCUGUGAGUUCAUGUUUGAGGAAACCAGAAAUUAUGUAAUGCAGCGGAAGGCUUUCAGCAAAACAGUCGCUCACCUUCAGACUGUGCAGCACAAGCUAGCAGAGCUAAAGACUGAGAUCUGUGUGGGUCGAGCCUUCCUGGAUAGCUGCCUUCAGCUCCAUGCUGAGAAAAGCCUGGAUCCCGCCACAGCCUCCAUGGCCAAGUAUUGGGCGUCUGACCUCCAGAACAGAGUGGCUACUCAGUGCCUGCAGCUCCACGGAGGCUGGGGUUACAUGUGGGAAUACCCCAUCGCCAAGGCAUUUGUGGACUCACGAGUUCAGCCUAUCUACGGAGGAACCAACGAGAUCAUGAAGGAGCUCAUCGCCCGCACCAUCGUCAGCCAGAAGUGAAACUGGGUUGUUGUUUUUCUUUAAUCUUGUUUUUUUUUGAGAUUUAGAAAUUCAGAAUCUUCGGGUACAAUGUAAAAAGAAUGGAUCUAGUGUAGCUACAAACACUGGGAACGUUAUCGAUGUCCUGAUGACAGCUGUGAUGUGAACACCAGUACGUCCACUGGUUUAAUCAUACUUGAAAUUUUCAGAUCGAUAAAGGGAAUAAAAGAACACUGUUUGCUUUUUGCUUUAAUUCUGUAAAUGUUCAACCACUUCAUCCCAGUUUAGGAUCUAUGACUAUUCAUUCACUGACAUGUAAUUGUCUUUUUAAAUUCAGCUCUAUUCCCCUUUAUGCCCCUUUUAAAGAGAGGUUUUGAGCAGCAGGUGGGCGGAGCUUCUGCACUCAUAUAUGUAAUAAGGAUGGACAUACACUGACCUCAUGAGUUAAAUCUUUGGACAUAAUAAUAAUAAUUUUAGCAUUCAGCAUUGCUACAGUAUACAUAUGACAGGGAAUACGGAGAAUCUUCUUUAACAAAGUUUGUCAGCAAUGCCUUGUUUUAGCAUUGAUAAUGUGGCCAGUCUGCAUCAGAUUAAAGAUAUCUGAUGUAAUUUCCCUUAUAGGAGGUUUUCUUUUUUAAAAUCAGUGUUUGUUAGUAUGGAUUUAAAUGCCUGCUUUCAUAAUCUGCCACUCUCAGUUAAUUUACAAACGGCAUGAACAAUGUUUUAACACAAGACACUCAUUGUAAAUUGAUUUAUUUUCCAAUGAAAGUCUUUGAAAUGCUUAUGAUUGUUGUCCUGUGUCACGGAAAUAUUUAAUUAAAAACAAUGUCAAAGUGCAUGAAGCACUAACUUUGUGCCAGUGGU